AUGUCCACCAAGUGCCCCGCCAAGUGCCCCAACAUGCCCUUUCUACCCGGCUAUACCUUCAACAAAGACAUCGGUAGAACCAACUUUCGUCUACACCCUCAAUUAGACUACUUGGGACCGGGAAAUCCUGGAUUGAGAGAACGAGUGAAGCCCAACAUGCUGGGCCCCCUUUCCGAUAAGUACCCUUCUAUUUAUCCAAGAGGGGAAACCAUCGAGAUACCCGCUUGGGUAGCGUUCGAUAAGAAGAUAUUAGUGUUCGAUGCGUAUUUCAACGAAACGCUACAAGAAGUACGAGGCCAGCCGUUUCUAAUGAGAAGAGUUAAAAUAUACUUUUACCUCGAAGAUGGUACUAUCAAAGUGGUGGAACCGCACAUUGUAAACAGCGGUUGUACGCAAGGUAUCGUGAUUGGUAGACAGAAGAUCCGCUUCCCGCCGCUGAUGGACGACAAUUUCUACGACAUAUUGGACUUCAACAUCGGCAACGAGGUGGAGUUCUACGGCAAGGUGUUCAAGAUCGUCGACUGCGACCGGUUCACGCGCACUUUCCUCAACAGAUGCGGCAUUCCGGUGCCCGAUCCCAUCCCCAUGCCCGACGAUCCAUUUCUCGACAUCAGGGACAAGGAGACCAAGUCCAUGCAGCCCAAGAAGCCCAAGCGGACGCCGACGCCCAGAUUCGCCAAGUUCAUACAGAACGAUAAGAAAAUAUUGAAGUUCAAAGGGUACUGGGACGAUCGGAAAGCGCCCUACGGGUACCUGCACAUCAUGGAGGUGCGCUUGUAUUUAGCGGACGAUACCAUCGAGAUUCAGGAGAUGCCGCUGGAAGGGGAUUGUCACGAGAAGGGAUUCCUGUUUUUGAAGCGAUCCAAACUCGCUAAACUCAACAAGGAUCUUCCGCCGCCUGGAUUCGAUUGCCCGGAGACCAUACUCAACGUGCUGGGCAAUUCCUUGGGCACCAAGAGGUACAUACUGGACAGCUUGGACUGCGGCAGAGAGAACGUCGCUUAUUAUUGCGAGACCGAUUUAAGCAUCGGUGCUAUUAUGAACGUGUAUGGUAGACAGGUGCUGUUGGUGGAUUGCGACCAAUUCACCAAAGAGUACUACGCCAAGAAAUACGGCAUAAGCGAGUUCACUCCCAUAGCCAUACCAUAUGUAAAGAAAGAAGAGAAAUUCAAGAUUAGAACGUUGCCGCCUUGGAACGGAUGGGGCAGUCACGAAGAUUCGGCGCAGAAUUGCAAAUCGGUCGUACCCAAAGCGCCCCUGAAAGACUUCAAGAAAAUGCUGGAGUACGACAAGAAAGGUUUCGACAGCCAUUGCUUGAGAUUCAAGGCUAAAAUGAAGUCUGAUAAUCCGGAACACUGCCGAAGGACCUUCAUAAUCUUCGUGUACUUGUGUGAUGAUACUAUAGCUAUUUUUGAAGUACCGUCCAAACAUUCGGGUUUCCCAAAGUCUUGUUUUUUGAAGAAAACCACAGUACUGUUGCCGAAUCAAAAGUACUUCUCCAGCGAACCGCCGUUGAAAUUGACGUCUGAAAGAAUGUUUGUGGGUGCUACAGUGUUAAUAUUCACUUGGGAGUUUAUUCUAAUCGACGCUGACGAGUAUUGCUUGAGAUACAUGGAGAGAUACUCCAAUAAAUAUCCCAAAUCCAACGUGAAACUGAUAAUGGACAACGUCAGAGAGAAGCUGAGGCCCAUUUAUAAAGAUUUCAUCGCCGCAAACAUGCCGAAAGAUAACACUUCGCUAAUUCCUUAUGAAAAAUUAAGGUCUGUACUCUGUCCAUUAAUGGGCCCGGAGUUUACCGAACACGAGAUGAUAACUAUAGCUAGAGCCUUCUCGGGGGUAUGUCACAAAGACAGAUACGAAAGGAAUACAUUGAGAGCGUAUUGCCUAACGGAAUUAAAGAAAAAACUGUACGACGAAUUGGAUCGCUUAGGUGAAUAUUUCCACCACGCUGAUACCUACAGAUGCGGAGUUUUGAGCCGAAAUGACGCACUUACGGUGAUGAAAGCUUGCAGAUUGCCUCUGGAUAUUUUGGUACUCGAAAGAAUUUUAGACAUCGCCGAAAAAGACGGCAAUGGUAACAUCAUUUACACUGAUAUAAUCAAGUUUUUGGAAGCGGGCCGUUGUCCUCCCACCGAUUUUCUACCCACGAAUAUAAGGUACGAAUUGUGGUGGGUUUCGGAGCCGCCUACAAAAGCGGGCAGGAUGAUUGAUUGGUGCGCGUUUAACAAAUACCUGAACCUCGAAUGCACGUUCCAGGAAGUCCUUAAGGACUAUACAAGGGAUGACACUCUUGAAGGCAUAAAUGUGGAUAAAGAAAAAUAG